CUUCGCUUCCCCCCACGUUAACUUAGUUUGCAGAUUGACGUAGGACGAAUCUAGUCUCAAUUGCUACCAUGAAGCUUCUCCAGGUCAUUACAUUCGUGUCCGCAGCAGUGUCGUUGUCGACGAGCGCUUACGGCCACUCAUCAAACGCUUUAGCCGGUGAAACUGCUGCGUCCGUCGUUGAGUCAAGCACGGACCCAACUGCCGACCAGAGGAGCCGCAGAACCAGUAUUCGUGCGGACAUCAACACUUAUCCGUACGGCGCAAAGAAGUCUGACGUAGCUGUGGACGAUGGUGACGCCCCUCGUCGUUUUCGUCGACGCCUGACGCUCAAGGAGGAAGAAGAGAUUGAAGAGGACUUGGAGAAGGUUGAAAAGAAGAAGAAGGCUGCCAAGAAGCGGGUUGACGAAGCCACUGAAGAGAUCGAAGAGGGACUGGAAAACAGCAACGACGAUGAGGUUGACGACGGUCUCAAAGAGAAGCGCGAGGCCGAAAAGGAUGUAGAGGAUGCCGAAGUUGAAGAAAAGGUGGACGAGGACCUCGAAGAGAUUCAAGUGGAAGAGGAGGUGGAAAAAAUGGAAGAAGACGAAGAAAAAGCUUCGAGCAAGAAGUCCAAAAAGGCCAAGACGGACGACGAGGAUACGGACGACGACACCGAAGACGAUGACGACGACCAAGAGGCUCAAACGACCAAGAAAUCCUCCAAAAAGACCAAAUCCGACGAGGAGACGGAUGAGGAUGACAAUGGCGAUGGCGAUGACGAAGAAGCCCCUGCUAAAAAGUCUAAGAAGUCCUCAACUAAGUCCAAGACAGAUGAGGAUGAGGACGAGGAAGAUGAAGCUCAACGCCGACGUCUGACGGAGAGCGACGAAAAGGAGCUGGAGGAAGAUAUGAAACAAGUUAAGAAAAAAGAGAAGGCCGCAAAGAAGAAGAUGGAAGAGGCCACGGAAGAGAUCGAGGAGGGGCUGGAGAACAGCAACGACGACGAGGUUGACGAAGGCCUCGAGGAAAAGCUGGAGGCCGAGAAGGAGGAAGAAGAGGCCGAAGUGGAAGAAAAAAUGGACGAGGAUCUUGAAAAGAUUCAGAAAAAGGAGGCGGCGGAGAAGCAGAAAAGCGCUGACGACGAAGAAGAAGACGAGGAGGAGGACGAAGACGAAGACGAAACUCCGGCCAAGAAAAAAUCGUCCAAGUCGGCAACAAAGUCGAAAUCUGUCGAUGACGACGAAGAGCGGGACGACGAUAAGACGUUCAAGAAGUCUUCCAAGAAGUCCAAGGCUGACGAAGAGGCCGAGGAAGAGGCUGAAGAGGAGCUGGAGGAGGAGCUGGAAGAAAUCGAGGAAGAAAUCGAGGAAGAAGAAGAGGCCGAGAAAGCCAAGAAAGCCAAGAAAUCGACGCACAAAUCCAAGACUGACGAGGAAGAAGAGGAGGAUGACAAGACCCGCCGUCGUCAUCUCCGAGGUCUGUCGACUAUUAAUGAACAGGAGGUUGAGACCGACAUGGACAAGGCUAAGAAAGCUGAAAAGGAGGCGAAGGCCAAGGAGGCCGAAGCUGACGAGGAUAUCCAAGAGGGACUGGAGAAUAGCAACGAUGAUGAAGUGGACGAGGCCAUGGCAACAAAACUUGCCGCCGAAAAAGAGGAGAAAGAGGCUAAAGAGGAAGAGGAGGCGGAUGAGGAUCUUGAAGAAGCGGAGCUGGAAAAAGAGAAGCAAAUGGGAGAUGCUGAAGACGGUGAGGAAGAAACUGAGGAGGAGGAGGACACUCCCGCUAAAACAACGCCGAAGCCAGCCAAGUCGUCAACCAAGUCGAAGUCUGCCGAGUCUGCCAAGGAGUGGGAACAGGGCGAAGACGAUGACACUCCGAGCAAGGCGCCCAAAAAGUCCACUAAACCUGCUAAAAAGUCCAACGCUGAAGACGAAGAUGCGGAGGAGGCUCAGAAGGAAGAUGAAGAGAAACAAGAAGCUGAAAAGUCCAAGCAGGUGGCGGCUUCAAAGAAGAAUAAGGCUAAGGCUGAAGACGAAGAGACCGAGGAUGGAGACGACGACGAAGAACAACAGGCUCCAGCUAAGAAGUCCAGUGCCGGGAGGUCCUCGAAAAAGUCCGAGGCUGAGCAAAGCGAGGACGAUGACGAGGAUGAAGCCGAUGAAGAAGAAGAAGAGCAGGCUCCAGUCAAGAAAACCAGUAAGACCUCAAAGAAAUCCAAGGCUGAAGACGAGGAGCAGGAUGAGAACGAGAAGUAAUAGCC